AUGCGGCCGAAUACAUCAUGCAAAAAUAAUGUUUUUGAUAUUUUGUAUGGUAAUACGAAAACUAGAGCUAUGGAAUAUGGUAAUAAAUUUGAAGGCUUAGCAAUUUCAACAUUGGAAAAUAUAAUUAAAAAACCAAUCAAAAAAUGUGGCUUAUUCAUUGACGAUGAUGUACCAUAUUUAGCAGCAACACCAGAUGGUAUUAUCGAUGAUGAUGCUAUUGUCGAAAUAAAAUGUCCCUACUCAGUAAAAGAUUAUACAAGUUUGGAAGAAGCUGAAAAAAAGAUUCCGUAUUUGGAGAAAAAAAAUAAUAUUACCACGUUAAAAAAAGACAGCAACUAUUAUUAUCAGAUACAGGGACAAAUGCGUAUUACAAAACGUCAUUUAUCCUAUUUUUUUAUAUUUACUCCUAAUUGGACAAAGUUAGAAGUUAUAGAAUAUUCCGAAACAUUUUGGAAAGAAAAAAUGUUUCCUAAAUUAACAUUAUUUUAUGAAGAAUGUUUAUUGAGAGAAAUUGUUGACUCUCAGUAUAGCAAACGCAUGUUAAAAAGCGACAUUAUUGACCCCCCAUAUAUAGAAGAAAACAUAAAGGAAUUUAAAGAAAAAAAAAUACGAACGUUCAUGCAACAAUAA